AUGAUAUUUAUAAGGAAUAUAAAGAAUUUGGUGGUUAAUCUGCCAACAAAACUUUUCAGUUUCGGGCCUUAUUUUCCUAGAAAACUGUAUUAUUCUACUGCCACAAUGGAUUAUAAACCAACAAUCUAUGCCUUAUCGACAAAAUUGGCGAGAUCUGCAAUAGGUGUUAUCAGAGUUUCAGGAUCUCAAUCACAAUAUAUAUAUAAUCAGUUAACUAAAACCUCCAAGUCACCAAAAUUGAAAAUAGCUAGUGUACGAAAACUAUAUUCGCAAGAAGACAUCCUCCUAGAUGAAGCACUCACACUAUAUUUCAAAUCUCCUAAAACAUAUACAGGGGAAGAUAUAUUGGAAUUACAUUUGCAUGGUGGAACUGCAAUUAUACAAUCUGUUUUAAAUGCUAUAAAGAAGUUGCACGAACCUAAUAAAGGUAUUAAUAUAAGGUAUGCGGAAAAUGGUGAAUUUUCUCGAAGAGCUUUCAUUAAUGGAAGAUUCGAUUUGACUGAGAUCGAAGGGAUAAGGGAAAUGAUAGAUGCUGAAACUGAAUCGCAAAGGGUUGCGGCUUUGUCAUCGUUAACAGGCGAUACGAAAAAAACAUUCGCCAAGUGGAGAGAAGAAAUAGUGAAGAAUGUUGCCUUGUUGACGACUGUAAUCGAUUUUGGAGAAGAUCAUGAUAUAGAAGAAGUUGCUCAAUUAUUCGACACCGUUGAACAAAAUAUGGAUACCUUAACAGGUGAAAUAAAUACAUUUUUGCGAAAAGUUUUAAGUUCUGAAGUCUUAAUGAAGGGUAUUAAGCUCAUCUUACUAGGGCCUCCGAAUGCGGGAAAAUCAUCAUUAUUGAACUAUUUAGCUAAUAAGGAAGCUGCAAUUGUUAGUGAUAUUGCAGGUACUACCAGGGAUGUAAUAGAUGUGCCAUUAGAUAUAAACGGAUAUAAAGUUAUUGUUGGUGAUACUGCAGGUAUACGAACUACAACUAAUGCUGACAAAAUAGAAUUAGAAGGAAUCAAGAGAGCCAAGUUAAAAUCUUUAGGAGGAGAUUUGGUGUUGGUAGUUUUACCACUUGAAGAUAAUUCAUACAUAGAUUAUUCAGACUUGGUUUCUCAUAUUAACUUACUAAAAGAUGAAGAAAAAGAGAUAGUAGUUGUGUUGAAUAAGCAAGAUUUAUUGUCGAGUUCAAAUUUCACCAAGAAUGAAAUCAUUCAGAGCUAUAGUGAAAAGUUAAUCUUACCGGUGGAGAACUUCCAUUUGGUAUCUUGUAUUACUGGAGACGGAAUUUCAGAAUUAAUGUGCGUGCUUACGGAUAUAUUCAAAGCAAUUUCCUUAACAGAAACUACAGACCCUAUUGUCAUAUCUGCUAGAGCUCAGGAUAUACUUAGAAAUGACGUUAUAUAUGGUAUUGAACAAUUCAAAAUAUGGAGAGAGCAGGAUGAUGUUGUGUUAGCUUCUGAGAGUUUAAAACAAGCUGCAGAAGGUAUUGGAAAAAUUACAGGUGAAGCAAUAGGCGUCGAAGAGGUUUUAGGAGUUGUGUUUUCCAGCUUCUGUAUUGGUAAAUGA